GUAUCUCAACCAGCAGACGACUCGGCUGAUGCAGGAGCUGGAGCAGAAGAGCCUGGAGCCGAGCGGUGGGGCCUGGGGAGCCCUGCUCAUGUGGCAGUCCUGGGCGCCUCUUGGAGUCAGAAGGAGAGCUCCAGCAGCAACUUGGUGGAGAAGGAAGAAGGCAACAUUGUUGUUGCAAGGAAAGAAAUAGAAAGCAUCAAUGUAAAUGGGAAGGAAGACAAUAAGGAUGGAAAUGGAGAAGACAAGGACCCCAGUGUUAAAUGUAGCCUUGGAAGUCUUUUAGAGGAGCUCGUCCAGUUGCCUGUUGAGAACCUGGACAAAGGUUGCUCAGUGAUCAUUGACCUGAUGGGCAAACUGAUCCACAUCUUCGGACAAGGCUUAUCAGACAGUUUCUACCCUGUGCCCACAGCCGUCAGAGUGGGCAGCGCCUUUGAAGGCUGGAGUCCCUGUGCACACAACGUUGUGUACUGUGUGCUUGUAGCCCUGAGUCCCCCUCCAGGACACACCUUCCACCUGGAGCGGGACACUGUGGGGAUGCCCCAUAGGAGCUUCUGUGUCCCUGUGGAGCUGCUGUGCACUUGCAUGAGGGAGCAGCCAGGGGAGGACAUGCUCUGUUUCCUUCACCACCCUGAGGAGGAGCUGCGAAGGAAACAGGAGCCCAGCCUCCUGCAUACCCUCUGCACUGGCUCCUAUCUAGAUGUGGAGAAAACUGUCCAGUGGUUCUGUCAAUUUGUGAGAGUAGCCUGGCUGCUUUUGCCUCAGUCCCGCCACUGGCAUUUAAUGUUGCAGCCCUCCAGCCGCUCCUGUACAUUUCAGCUAAGCAAAGAGAAGGAAGGCUUCGUGGCUGAGAUGAUCUUUGGAGUGCGGCAAGGAGACUCAGAUAUCUUUGUGGGCAGCCAGCCAUCACAAGCAGGCAUCCCAAGCACAACGCGGCUGGAGACUUAUGCCGUGGCAGAGGCCAAAUUCUUCAGGCACAUUUCCAGGCAGGCCCCCCAGGACAGCUGGCACUGCAGGUGCCUGCAGCUCCUCAGCGGCAGCCUAAUGGGUGUGGGCUUGUCCAGCUCCACCUUGAAGACUGUGCUGAUGCACCUCCUGAGCACUGUGCCCCUGACAGAGUGGAGCAGGAGGGAUUUAGGGCAGCGGCUGAUGGAUAUCUUGAAGUACCUCCACUGCUCACUGAAGACAAAACGACUGGAGCACUUUGUCAUAGGCAGUGAGAGCUUUCCUAUGGAGAUCCGUUUGCCCUCAGACUUGCGGCUGGCUGAGCCACUGAAGCUCUUUCAGCACCUAGCCAGCAAUCCAGAUGCCCAUGUGAAGGCCAUGCAGGAGUACAUUUACCUGCUGCAUCAGCUCAAACAACUGCUGAUCCACGGCCCUUGAAAAGGAUGCUUGAGCCCAGAGCUGUACUUGUGGGGCCUCUGGACAGAGCUUGUACAUAUUAACCUCCCCUAUGUAGUGCAUUUACUAUACACAUUAAAACCCUUUAAUUAGUGAAUUUACUAUAGAUAUUAAGACCCUUAGAUAGUGUAUUUUCUAUUUCUAUUUAGACCCCCUAGUUAGUGCAUUCAGCAAUCCUGAAGCUUCCUUGCUAUUCUUUCAGUAAACUGUGCUAUUAAACUGUUCUGUUCUAGUA